CAUCCUCUUGUCAUCGCUGAAUUCUUCCCGAUAGGAAGCAGAGCGGCCGCCUAUCAAUGAGCGACAACCCAAAGCUCCAAUCAAAGGGAGAGGCCGAGUAUGGUCACAAUUUAACUCCCAUUAGCAGAAUAACCUGAAGCUGGUAAUAGCUGUUGGUUGUUGCAACUGCAUCAGAGGUAUUUGCACGGUUCUUUUGGCUCGGGUUUCAAGUCUACCUGUACAGUCUUCUGCCUGAGAUUUGUGAAAGGGUUUUCAACAGAUAAGAUGGUUUCCCAUUAGACGCUACCCCCGUCACAAACCCAAGGAAAUUCCAGACAAAAUGGCGAAGUACAGACUCAUUUUACUGAGGCAUGGUGAAGGGGCCUGGAACAAAGAGAAUCGCUUCUGCAGCUGGGUAGACCAGAAGCUGAGCAGCGAUGGGAUAAAGGAGGCACAGAACUGUGGCAAGCACCUCAAGUCUCUCGGUAUUGAGUUUGACCUUGUGUUUACAUCCAUCCUCAGCCGUUCUAUUCAGACUGCCUGGCUUGUGCUGGAAGAGAUGGGGCAGGAGUGGGUUCCCACUGAAUCCUCCUGGAGGCUGAACGAACGGCACUAUGGUGCCCUGAUAGGUCUCAACAGGGCAGAAAUGGCUCUGAACCAUGGUGAAGAGCAGGUGAAAAGGUGGCGAAGGAGCUACGACGUCACUCCACCUCCCAUCACCGAGUCCCAUCCUUACUAUCAUGAAAUCUAUAGUGAUUGCAGGUAUAAGCACUGCGAUGUACCACUGGAAAAACUUCCGAAGGCUGAGAGCUUAAAAGAAGUGCUUGAUAGACUCCUUCCCUAUUGGAAUGAGAGGAUAGCUCCAGAGGUGAAGAGGGGCAAGACGGUUCUAAUUUCUGCUCAUGGGAAUAGCACGAGGGCUCUGCUGAAACAUUUGGAAGGCAUCUCUGAUGAAGCCAUAGUCAACGUGACACUCCCUACUGGCAUCCCAGUUCUCCUUGAGCUUGAUGAAAAUCUACAUCCGCUUGGCCAGCACCAGUUUCUUGGUGACCAAGAAGCAAUCCAAGCUGCCAUCAAGAAAGUGGAAGAUCAAGGGAAAGCCAAUCCUACUGUUGAGAAAUGAAAGACCACUCUGCAAAAAGCUCUCCCCCUUGUCUCUUACCAUGCGCGGUAAAAUGACAAUGUUUUGUGAUUGCGCUGUGCAGAGUUGCUUAAUUUUAAGUUCUCAGUAAGUGGUGGAUUUUGGAAUUUUAGCACGCCAUGUUUGGAAGGCAUUUCUUUCCUUCCAACAAUUGUGUUGAUCCUAGUACAAGUAACAGUGAAUUGGCUUGAUUUCAUCUUGAACAACAAAGGCUGUUGUAUAAACUUCCCAUAUCCUUUGUGUAAGUCUUACACUAUAAGAGAAGUGUAGAGCAGUGUAAAAAAGCAUCAUUAUCUAUGGAGGAAAACACUUGCUGAUUUUAACAUAGGCCUCAAGGGAGAGUUGCAAGUCCUUGGGUUCACGAACAUUAAACUGUCACAGUAAUGCUUAAUUCAGAAAACUAGUUGGUUUUAUGUGGAAUAAAUGUUUUUUACUGUUUGUAAUUCAGCAGCUUCUGGUAUCGGAUUAAUCUCUGUUAAACAGACAGGAGGUAUUUUAAUUGCAUGGAUGAUGGUAUAAUUUUAAAUAAAGCCCUUAUAUUUUUACGUGCA